AUGUCUAGGAGGCUGCUCCUAUCAGUGCUUCACCUGCUUUACAGAGGCUACCACGAGUUCAUCGUCCGUCCAGCCUUUGACCAGAUCACGGAUGUUAUUCUACUGCUUGAGGACGAUGACCGCAACACGAUGCGGCGUGACCGUGAGAAUCAGCGGGCACGGUGGGAUGCCCUCCUCGACUCCUUGCCUCAGCGCAUAUUCCAUGAAACGUUCAGAGUUAACCGGGCGGUGUUUGACUACCUAGUAGAGGCGUGGAUAACACGGAACGGAGACCGUCGACGAGUAGUGCCCAUCGAGACAGUGGUGGCUAUGACUCUAGUGUAUCUUGGCACGGGUGCCACCUUCCGUCAGGUGGGAUUGCAAUUUGGUGUUGUGCCUCAACAUGCCUUCCGCCUUAUCUACGGUUUCAUAGCGUUCCUUGUCAACGUGUUGGAGCCUCUGUGGGUUACACACCCCACCCUUGAGCAAUGUGAAGAAAUGGCGGCGGAGUUCACUUACGAGGGGGGGAUACCGGGUGUCAUUGGAGCAUUGGAUGGGACUUUUAUAGAAUGCAGGGGGUUCGGACGUGACAAAGAAGACUUCAAAAACAGAAAGGGUUUCUACUCUAUCCACCUACAGAUAGCAUGUGAUAGCAACGGCAUAAUCUGGGACUACAACGUCGGUUACCCCGGGAGUGUGAAUGACUCGCGGGUGUUCAACAACUCACCCCUCCGGGAGUGCAUGGAAGCAGGGGAUUUAGGCAACUACAUGCUGGUCAGCGACGCCGCGUACGCCUUGAAAAGCUACACAUGCGUCCCAUGGCGGGCUACUCCGGGAAGGGCUCUGCCAAGGGCGAAGGACAAAUGGAACACACAACAGUCAAGGCAACGGAUGGUGGUUGAACAAGUGAACGGGAGAUCGAAGGGGAAAUGGAGGAUCCUAGAUGCCCGUAUGGAGUGCCAUAGUGACCGCGUCCCGCAGGUCGUGAGCGCGUGCGUCGCGAUGCACAACAUAGAGCUCACGAUCGGUAGCCGCGAUCGACUUGGCCCACCAAACGAGCGGGAUCGUUGGUGGCUCGCGGGUCCCGCGUCACGGCUUCGACUUACCGGCGCCGAGGUCCGCGGGUUCACGCCUCGUCUUCGGAUGAAGAGGUGGACUGCGGCGAUCUACGCCUCCUACUGCGUCGCUCAUCCGCGAAGCCGCGAAGCACCUCCCGGGUAA